AUGGAAGACAUAGAGAUGUCCAACGAAAGAGACUCGCCAGAGCAAAUGGGGCAAUUUCACCCAUCAGACAAUGCGCCGCGUGCGGCUUUUCAACUUCAGUGUCCCUUCUUCGCACACGUGCAUCCGAUGCCUACAGCUCAGCAGUCCCACGGCCUCGAUCCGAUGCAUUCAUACCUUUGGGGACACCCGCAAUAUCAAGGGCAGCCUUACGUCCCCCUCAACAACGGCGCCAUGGCCCAACAUUUGUUGCGACAACAACAGUUGCAGCAUCGUGCAUAUUUGUUACAGCACCAGUAUUUCCACCAUCGCCAGCUUCAGAUACAAGAAGCGCUCUAUUCGCAGCUUCCACAGCACCUGCCCGACCAAGACGCCGAACGACAGCCUGAACCAGAGCAAGAGCAAGAGCAAGCACAAGACCAAGGGCAGGAGCAGGAGACGGAGCAGGAGGAGGAGGAGGAACAGGAGCAGGAGCAUGAAGCAGAUCGGCGAAGAUCGCAACCACUGACGCCUUCCUUCGCAGCAACGGCGGUAUCACCAGCUUCCCUACCGCCAUCGCCAAGUGACUCUCUUCGACAAGCACCGACGACUUCUGGUGCGAUAGCCGCCAGAAAUAAUAGCAGUAGAACGUCGGAAACGGCCUCAUCAGGCCCAGGGCCCUCAACACCACGGGCCGCCACAACCUCGGAACCUUCUAUCGUACAAGGAAUUCACCAGCUGUUAAGUGCCGAAACGUAUCUUUUAUCGCCAACGACGCCGGGGUCACUACCAGCAUCUUCGUCACAUCCAUCGCAACCUUCACUCAAUCCGCAACCAAAUUCUUUCGCGACCGGUCACUGGCCCCGGCUUGCGGGCCAGCAACCAGCCUCACACCAGCCCUCCGGGUUCACAGCCAACUUUGGCUAUCGGGUACUUCCCCAAACACACAUUCACGAACAUAGACGGCACCGUGACGACGAGCGAAGCUCGGCACAGCAGCAAGCGGCACGGGCACCGACCAUGACUGUGACGGCUACAAUAAGAAUGACAGCUACGACUGCAACUUCAGGCAGGCAAGCCACGCAGGCUGAGGCUUUGGUGCAUCAAUCGCCCGUAACCGCUGCGGGAACAGCGUCGAUAUCGUCUUCAGCAUUGCCUAUGGGAGCAGCGCCGAAUCCGAUGCCAGCUGAGGCUCCUGCUUCGGCUGGCCCGUCUCAAGAACGACGGGCGUCUGCCAGGCGCUUCUCGAGACGAGAUGGGAUGGUGAGCCCGAAUUACGGCGACUCGCACCCAUAUGACGGUUCGACUAGUGAAGGCUCUGACUCGGAGGUGUUGCCUCCGCCGUACGUGGUGAUCCCAUAUUCAGACUUUGCGGAAAACUCCGUACGACAGGCUCAAGCCAGUGUGCGUGACGAGCCUACCGAGCGCGCUCGCCACUUCGUUCACAACAGGGGCAUGUUUCGCUCCAAGUCGCUGUUUAGUUUGAUGAAGCCUGUGAAGAUCGAUGAACUGGAGGAAGACGACAGGAUGUGCAUCAUCUGCUACAACGACUUUGGUGUUUGCGCGCCCGAGGGCAUCGUCGAGCACCCUCUCCGGAUGCCCAAAUGCAACCAUGUGUUUGGUCACCACUGCAUCCGGCGGUGGCUGGUACAACACAACACUUGUCCGUACUGCCGCGGUCGCAUCGAAGAUCCGACAACCGACGGGCACCGUUCAGCAUCAGGCAGCUUCCGUCGAUUCAACUCAAACCUGCCUUUCGGUUCCCCCUCCCAAAGUAGCCGAUUUCCAUACCACCGGUCUGGACUCUUUGCAAGCUCCGAUAUCCGGACUCCGACGACAUCGACUGUUGCGGGCACUGGCACGGGUACGGCCAGGACGGACGAGAGCAUGAGCAGCUCUCGGCAUACAGCUGUUGGAGAACGGAGGCCGGCUUCGUCCAUGGAUUCUUCGGAACAGCCGCCCCGCCAGCGUGCUCGAACUCGCCACGGCCCGUCCCGCUCUUCGGCCGCUGCCGUCGGCACAUAUCCGCACAAUGCUCUCCACUUCCAUGGCAACUUGCAAAUGCAAAGCCAGCCGCCGCCCACGUCUCACGCGUCGAUGCCAACCUUUUGGCAUGUUCCUUUCAAUGGUAUGCAGUCACCACCGGGUCAGCUGCCUCCAAACCCAUUUUUGUCGGCCUCCGAUCAGCCCAACGACUACUCGAUGCCGUUGCGUCGUCCCAGCCACCCCAUGCAGAGUGCACAAACCUUACAUACAAACGCCGCCUCUUCCAACACCAAUAGCAAUAGCAACAGCAACAACAACGGAGGGCCGAACAUGCCGGCCUGGGGCAUGCCGGUGCUCCCCUUGCCAACGUCGUCGUCGACCGCUGGUUUAUCAGCCAACGCCAGCCGGCCGGUCUCUUCGACCCCGUUCAACCACCAGCUCCCGCUAUCGCUGCAGCCGAUGCCGACGCCGUCUUUUGUCUCCAACCCCGGCAUGUUGCACACUCAGCAAUCGACGGCCACGUCAGUCUCGGCCCAAACAUCGCCGGUGGUGACCCAGCUGCAGGAUCUUGCCACCGAAACCAAUACAUCUUCUAAUCACACCGCACCGUAA